AUGGAGACGGAACAACACGAGAGUUGCCCAAAAUCAAACGCUAUCAUCGGAGGAAGCCUCUACGUAAAAGUGAUGACCGACGAACAACUGGAACUUCUCCGGCAACAGAUUUCCGUCUACACAACAAUUUCCGAUCAGCUUAUUCAGAUGCACAAAUCCAUCACCACACAACACGACCUCGCUGGAUUGAGGCUUGGUAAUCUGUACUGUGAUCCACUGAUGGCAUGUUCCGGACACAAGAUAUCAUCCCGGCAGCGGUGGACUCCGACUCCUCUCCAGCUUCAAAUUCUCGAACGGAUUUUCGAUGAAGGAAAUGGAACUCCAUCUAAACAGAAGAUCAAAGAUAUAGCUACUGAGCUUGGACAGCACGGUCAAAUAUCAGAGACUAAUGUUUAUAAUUGGUUUCAGAAUAGAAGAGCUCGUUCGAAGCGGAAGCAAUCGGUUCAUGCCACAAAUCAGGUAGAACCGGAGGCGGAGAAUACGGAGGUUGAAUCGCCGAAGCCGAAAGAGAAAAUAACUCAUGUUCAGUCCUUUGAGAAUUUAUCGCCUCAUAGGGUUAAGGAUAUGUAUAUUCAGAGUCCUGAUAUAGGAUUGGAGCAGUUGCUGGGUAAAAUUGAAGUUGCAGGCUGUUAUAGUUCAUACUUCCUUUAA